AUGACUGACGAUGUCGACGAUGUCUUGCCCGCUGACUCUCUUUCUGACCCACCGACUGAUUCGGACCGACUUGCUGACUCUGUGCGCGAUGAGAAGGUCGGUUUCGCCGAUCUAGAACAGAAACGGAUCAUUCCGUCUGCAGGCGUGAGGAAGCCAUCGACUCGGGCAGAGUAUUGGUCAUACGCAUGCUAUUACACUGCCCUUUUCCCACCUGGUAUCACGGCCUAUGGUGGGGCUCUCAUGCAGUUGUUGGUGAACAAAGCACACCCUUCUGGAUCAUUGUCUUGGGGCGGCAAAGUGAUCGAUGUCAACUCGUUCAUCCUGGAUCUGCAAGGCAUUCUCUUUGCUGUACAGCUGGUCUUGCUUCUCCUCAUCGGACCCUACGCAGAUUACGGUAGCUGGGGACCUUGGCUCUUGAUUGGCAGCGAGACAGCCGUGUAUAUUAUCACCUUUGCAUUCACUGGGAUCUACGAGCCUUCACAGUGGAACGCGGCCAGCGGUCUUUUUGUGAUUGGCAAUCUGGCCGUCAACAUGUCCACCACUUUCUUAUGGUCUCAAUAUCCGGCCAUCAUACGUGACAUGCCAAAAAUGAUCGAAUCCGAGCAGGCGGUCAUGGAAGGAUCAAAGAGUGCGGCACAACAUCUGCACGAAGACUCGAUGGAGAGAUCCAAGCUGUACUGCUGGUGUACUUUUCUGGGCUCGUUCCUCCAGCUCUGUGCUUUAGCGGUGGCUGUAGGAAUCGCAGCAGCGAUUGGCAACGCCAACUUCGACGAGCAGAUCAAGAACUACCGGGUUCUGAUAGGCUUCUUUGGUGUCAUCUGUGUCAUCACCACGGUCCCGUUCUUCAUCCUACAAAAGCGAAGAUCGGGUCAGCAGCUACCUGCUGGCAAAGGCUGGAUACUUGCUGGGCCGAGACAAGUAUUGCAAGGCGCCAAGCAGGCGCGGCACCUAAAGCAGGUCCUGAUCUAUCUCGCUGCAUACUUCCUCCUCCAAGAUGCGUACGGCACCAGCGGGUCAGUGAGAGGUAUUCAACAGAACUCGGUCAUUCAGUAUAACACGGUCCAGCUAUCUGGAUUGUCUCUGGUCGGUUUCACAGGUGGCGGCUUUGGCGCCUUGUUUUGGAUGGUUAUUCAGCAACGAUGGAAGAUUUCCGUCCGAAAAAUGGUCAUUCUCGGAGGAUUUGGCACUCUCAUCCCCAAUCUUUGGGGUGUCGUCGGAAACUACACCGACAAGAUUGGGUUCCACCAUCCCUGGGAGUUUUGGCUCAUGUCUGCCUAUAAUUUCAUGGACGCGAGUUGGGGUGUCUUCUACGUCACCAUGAUCACUGAAGUAGCACCGGCACCUAAGAUGUAUCUCUUCAUGUCGCUCUUCAACAUGAUGGGCAAAACCUCUGCAUUUAUCGGCCCAUUCAUCUCGUCAGCUAUCAUCACUCGCUCUGGAGGCAAGACGAAUAUGGCGUACUGGUUUUUGCUUGCGAUGGGGGUUUUAGGCUUCAUCAUACUGUGUUUUGUCGACCCUGACAAGGCCAAAGUAGACAAUGCGAAAUGUGAGUGA